AUGUGUUCACUCUUUGUUCUCUUUCAAAUUCUUAUUAAUCGAAAAUUACGAUCUGCAAUGAAAAAUCAUGUUCUCAUUAUUUUUCUCAUUCUUGGUUUGGGUUCUCAAUUAAUUGAUGUUCCAUUCUAUCUCUAUUUUAUUGUACAUUCAACUGUUAUUUCAUCGAAUUAUUCAGUCUGUCUUAUAUGGUGGUUUAUUGAUAUUGGUUGGUAUAAUGGAUGAACCAUAAUUUUUUCAUGGACUGCUUUGGAAAGACAUAUUAUCAUAUUUAAUGAUCAAUGGAUUUCAACAAGAAAUAAACAUAUAUUAGUUCAUUAUGUACCAUUGAUGUUUUUAAUCUUUUACAUUUUAAUUUACUAUAUUUAUUCAAUUUAUUUUUUGUCCAUGUAAAGAUGUUUAUGAUUAUACUCAGUCACUCUGUAAUGUAUCUCCAUGUUAUCAAAAUGAUCAAAUAAUGCGCAUGUGGGAUAUAUUUGUCAAUUAUAUUGUGCCAUCAAUUCUCGAGGCAUUUUUAAGUUUCGCUUUCCUUUUUCGAGUUAUCUUGCAUAAAUACUGUUCUCAUCUACCAAUCCAAUGGCGCAAGCAACGAAAGAUGACGAUUCAGUUAAUGUUUAUUUCUUCUCUUAAUCUGGUAUUUAAUGUUCCACUUAGUAUUAUUAAAAUUGCUCAUUUAUUUGGCUUAUCAUCAGAUGUUGGAGCUGAUGCUGCACAGUAUCUAUACUUUCUUUGUUAUUUUUUCAUUUUUGUAUUUCUUUUCAUCUGUCUUGGAUCAAUAAGUGAUGUAUACAAGGUA